AUGCCUAAACCACAACAGCAUCAACCAGUGAUUGUUGUUGAUGCACCAGCAGCUGCGAAUGACAAUGCUGAUACUAGUGCUGGUGGUGGUGGUGAGUCAGAGCCCUCUCCCCUGCCUUUUGGGGCCAAACGUCCACUGAAAAGUGAUGUUUGGCCUCACUUUACAAGGUUUCUCUAUGUUCCUGCCCCCCAUACUAGUGAGAAACUUGCAAGUGUGCUCCGAGAGGCCCUAAUGUCCUGGAAUGUGGACUAUGCUGGAAAGGCUGACAUUCAAGGUUUGGAGACUUGCUUCUCUGCGAUGACAAUGGAGGAUCCAAGUUGUGAAGAGUUUAAGAAAGAAGAUUUUCAAGGUAGCCAGAGUCGUACACUCUUGGACAUUGAAGAUUGAAGUGUGCUGCUGGUGAUUGUUGUGCUGGGCUGUUGGAUUUUGUUUGCUGACUGAUGGUGAUCGCUUGAUGAUGGUGCUGCUCGAUAAGACUGAAGGGUGAAGAGAACUACUGUUGCUCUUUUUUGUUGUUUGGUUCAAUUUGGAACUUGUUUUAUUUCGUUUGGAUUAUGGCUAUAUGCCUUUAUGGAUGUUGGAAUCCAAUUUCGAACAUGUUUUCUUUUGUUUGGAUGAUGAAUUAUUGAUGU